AUGUCUUCAAGCCGAAUUCUGCCUGGAGAAUGGAUAAAGAAUAGACGAUAUGGUGUCAUUAUAGACGCUGGUUCUUCUGGUUCAAGAGUAUAUGUGUAUUCCUGGAAAGACCACGAAUUUACAAAGUCUUCUUUAACAGCUGAAGAACUGAAAGGCAAAAUACCUAUUGUCGAAAGAGGCGAUCAAGAUGGUCUAAAGUGGACAAGUAGAGAAGAACCAGGCAUAUCGACUUUUGGGCCUAAGCCCAAUGAAGUAGGAGAGCAUUUGGAUAUGUUGCUUGAUUUUGCAAAAGAAGUGGUACCUCGAGAACAUCAUUCUUCAACACCUAUUUUCCUUAUGGCAACAGCAGGUAUGCGCUUACUACCAGAAGAUCAACAGACUGCAUUGUUAAGUGCUACAUGCAAUUAUAUGCGCCAACACACAUCGUUCUUUAUCAGUGAUUGUGACACACAUGUACGCAUUAUUCCUGGUGAACUGGAAGGCGUCUAUGGUUGGGUCGCUGUCAAUUACCUGAUGGGCGGGUUUGAUAGUAAUAUUAAGGCAUAUACAGACAAAAAGUCUCCGGAGGAAACAGUAGAACAACACCAUACCUUUGGCUUUUUAGAUAUGGGUGGUGCCUCUGCACAAAUUGCGUUUGAACCAGAACAUCAUCAACGACAAGAACACAUGGACGACUUGACACGUAUCACACUCCAUACAUUGGACGGUAGAACAGUAGACUAUGAUGUGUUUGUCACCACCUUUUUAGGGUAUGGAAGUAAUGAAGCACGUAGACGAUACCUUGAAAACAGAGUUAAAAAGCUAUUUGCUGAUUCAAAUGGAAAGAACCUGUUAGACCAACACCAUCUACUGCAUCUAGACGAUCCUUGUCUCCCUACCAACCUGAAUAUCACAGACACAUCUUCCACCAGUGUUGCACUCGCUCUACAUGGUACAGGCAACUUUGAUCAAUGCAUUGAAUACACGGUGCCCUUAUUAAAUAAAGAUGCCGACUGUCCCACCAAGCCUUGUUUAUUCAAUGGCGUCCAUACACCCGAUAUCGAUUGGUCUGUCAAUAAGUUUGUUGGUAUUUCAGAAUACUGGUAUUCUUCACACGAUAUUCUUGGUUUAGGAGGUGUCUAUGAUUUUAUCGAAUACGAAAAAAAGGCUAAAGACUAUUGUGCAAGAGACUGGGCAGUCGUAUUGGAGGAACACAAGACCCAAGGCACACAGGAAAUGCAUCGAUACCAAAUGCAAUGUUUUAAAUCAGCUUGGAUUGUCAAUGUGCUACAUGAAGGCAUUGAGAUUCCUCGUAUUGAAAACCCAAGUGGUCAUCAUAAUCUGACUGAAGAUCAAGCUUUAUUAGAACAAACGAUUGAAAGUGUAGAACAAAAGAAUUGGAAUCCACCUUUUCAAAGUAUUGAUACCAUCAAUGAUAUUCAAGUCUCUUGGACAUUGGGUGCUAUGCUUUUACAUGUAGCAAGUAAGAUUCCUCUUGUGGAUCAUCAAGAUGGAUUCUUGGGUCAUAGUACAGAUGAUGAAGGACCUCAUGAAAUAGCAGACGGUGUCUCACAAAACCCACAUAGUACACCUGAGGAAACUCAUUCAACAAAAGAAACAGGCACCACUGGAUUCUUUCAAGAUGCUAGUAAGACAUCAACCUAUACAGCAUUUGCUGUUGCCUUAUUCAUGCUUGUUUGUGCCGUUCUGAUCUGGUUCAUGUUUAAGCGUAUCCGAAAGAGACAGUUCAACCGAAUGUCUGCAGGAGUCAAUGGUGGCAUCUUGGGCCAUGAUCCUGUCAGUCAUGCUAGUUGGAAUCCUCUUGUGUAUCUGAAUGCAUUGACUCAUUCUGUCUCACGAUCUACUGUUGCCAUCCGACACUGGGCCUCUCGUUUAUUGCGUGGUAGAAAUGGACCCAAAUACACGAGUGUCAGUAGUACUAUUCCUGUUGACAUGGAUACAUUUGAUGAUAACAUUGUUGCUGCUAAUGAGUCUAAUUCAAUCACCAUUACCAUGACACCUGAUCGCCUCUUGGGCACACCUACCAAAACACCGAGUGUUGUCUCUAAACAGUAUUGGAGCAAGAAACGAUACAGUGGUGAUAGCCAUACUAACAAUUUCCGUAUGGCUGAUGUAGUAGAAGGAUCAAGUGUCUUGCCUUUCAGGACAUCCUCUGCGCUGGGUCUGGCCAAUCGUACCAACAGUUCUUCUAGUUUGACAGCAAGAGCAGGAAGUACACCAAACCUUACUGCUAUUGAUCGUUCUCCUUCCCCACUAGCAGGCGAAGGCAAUAUCACUCGAUCUCGGUCUCGUAUGGGAUUUGUGAUACAUGAGCAAUCAGACGAAGAAGAAUAUGUCAAUAGUGAUGGUCCUCUAUUAUCCUCUGACAAUCCAGCUACUGCAUGGCUACAGAGUAGUAGUCGACUUGCUAGUCCAAGGAAUAGCCCUAGAGGUAGUCUAGAUGAAAGAAGAAAGCGAAAAGAAGAUAGUGAUUAG